CGUGCGCAGAGCGGCGCUGGUGCCAUGGCAGACGCCGGUUGCGGGGUGCGCGGCUCACUGCUACAGCUGCAGGAGCUGCUGAGCGAGCAGAACCACUGUAGCGCAGCUGGGGUCGGCCAUCAGCUGAUCCGCGGCCUCGGGCAGGAGUGCGUGUUGGGCAGUCGAGCAGCCGCGCAGGCAUUGCACACUUCCUUAGUUUUUUCCAAAGAUUUUGGUUUACCUGUAUUUGUCCGGAAGUCACUUAGCAUUGAUGAAUUUCGGGACUGUAGAGAAGAAGCCCUAAAAUUUUUAUAUAUUUUUGUAGAAAAAAUUGGCCAGAAGGUCAUGCAUUAUUCUCUUGAUAUUAAGAAUACUUGUACCAGUGUAUAUACAAAAGAUAGAGCUGCCAAGUGUAAAGUUCCAGCCCUAGAUCUUCUGAUUAAGUUACUUAAGGUACUGAGAAGUUCUAGACUCAUGGAUGAAUUUAAGAUUGGAGAAUUAUUUAACAAAUUUUAUGGAGAACUUGCAUCAAAAACAAAAAUACCCGAUACAGGUAAGAUAUGGUUUUUCAACAACUAA